UCGGCCACGGAGGAGCACGGCCCCCUCGCCCAGCUAUCCCAAGCAGCGCUUCUCCCAGGCUCCCAGGAGGAGUAAAGUCUUAAACAACCUCUACAUGAAUCUGUACGAGGAGGUGGGGGAAGACGAGCCCUGGGCUGUGCAGAGAGUUGAAGGAUUGCCGAAAGCCUGCUUCAUCUUCAGCGCCAUCCGAAAGGGGAGAAUUCACGUCAACGACCUGCUCCUGACCCUUCACAUGCUGGGGAUCCUCGUGACCAGCACAGAGAUGCGGAAGGUGCUGAAGACCAUCGACAUCGACGAAAGUGGAAACCUGAGCUUCGCCGAUUUCCUGGAAGCUCUGGAUGAGACCUCGCCCUUUGCCCAGACGGAGGGGCCAGGGGGGACAGAAGAGCCAGGGAUGGCUUCUGCUGCUGGCAAGUGUGUCAGCGAUUAUGAAGGAGACGGGAAGGUGAAUUUUAAAGAAUUUCUGGAGGGUUUGACCAGCACCAAACGUUUCUCCAGAACCCUAGAGAUGGAAGGGGCUGUGAAAGCCAUUGGCGUGAUCAAAGAGGACACAGUGGACGUUCAUCACCUGGAAUCCAUCAUGCGCAACAUGGGGAUUCAUUUAACCCCGGAGGAGAUUCAGAAGGUGCUGAAGCAUGUUACCUGUGAGGAAGAUGGGAAGGUGAAUUUGAAAGAUUUCAUGACCGGUUUGACCAAGACCCAGCGAUUUUCCCAAGCUGAAAAGGACAGGGUUGAUGUCCGGAACCUGGACUCCAUUCUGGACAACAUGGGGAUCUACCUGACGAACGAGGAGCUGCAGGAAGCCCUGAGGCACAUUACAGUUGAUGCGGACGGGAAGGUGUAUCUGAGCAAAUUUCUGCAGGGCGUGAGAGCCCUCCGGAGAUUCUCCCACAGUGAAGGGAAAAAGGUUGAUAUCAGAGACCUGGACUCUUUUCUGACCGAAAUGGGGAUGCACUUAGCACUAGAAGAACUCCAAGAAGUGCUGAAGCACAUCAUUGUGGAUGGAGAUGGGAAGGUAAAUGUCAGUGACUUUACGAAGAAUGUGAUCAGCACACGGAGGGCUUCCAAAGCUGAGAGGGACAGGGUUGCUACGAGUCACCUGGACUCCAUUCUGGGCAACAUUGGGAUCUUUUUAACUGAAGAGGAGCUCCAGGAGGCGCUGAAGCACACAGAAAUAGACGCGGAGGGGAAGGUGAAUUUGAGUGAAUUCCUGAAGAGUGUCCAGCGAUUGUCCGAAGCCGAAGGGGAAAAGGUUGAUGUCGAUAACCUGGACUCCAUUCUAGCCAACAUGGGGAUCCAUUUAACGGCUGAGGAGUUUCAGAAGGCGCUGGGGGGUGUUACUCGUGGUGCCGACGGAAAGGUGGAGCUGAAACACUUUAUGGAGAGCAUGAUGGGCACCCGGCGGCCUUCCCAGUGUGAAAGGGAUACGGUGGAUAUCCAGAACCUGGACUGCAUCCUGGACAGCAUGGGGGUCCAUUUAACCAAUGAGGAGCUGCAGGAGGUGCUGACACAUGCUACUGUUGAUGCCAAUGGGAAGGUGAAUUUGGGCGAAUUUAUGAAGGGGGUGAAGACUAUCCAGAAAUUGCCCCUAGGUGAGGAGGACAAAGUGGAUGUGAGGAAUCUGGACUCUGUGCUGGCCAACAUGGGGAUCCAUUUAACCCCGGAGGAGCUGCAGGAGGCACUCAAGCAUUGCCCUGUUGACAAAGAUGGGACAGUCGGCCUGGGCGCAUUUAUGAAGAGCGUGAUGAGAACGCGGAGACCCUCCCAGGCUGAGAGGGAUAAAGUGGAUCUCCAGAACCUGGAUGACAUCCUGGGUAGCGUGGGGGUCCAUUUAGCCAAUAAGGAGCUGCAAGAGGCGCUGAAACAUGUGACCGUUGCCGACGGGAAGGUGAAUUUGAGCGAAUUUAUGGAGGCAGUGAGGAUUGUCCAGAAAUUGCUCCCAGGGGAAGAGGACAAAGUGGCUGUGGGGAACCUGGACUCCAUCCUGGCCAACAUGGGGAUCCAUUUAACCCCGGAGGAGCUGCAGGAGGUGCUCAAGCACUGCCCCGUUGACACAGACGGCAAAGUCAGCCUGAGUGCUUUUGUGAAGAGCAUGAUGAGUACGCAGAGACCCUCCCAGGCGCAGAGAGACAAUGUUGAUAUCCAGAACCUGGACUAUAUCUUGGACAGCAUGGGGGUCCAUUUAACCAAUGAAGAGCUACAAGAGGUGCUGAAACAUGUGACCGUUGAUGGGGACAGAGUUGAUCCUCAUCACCUGGACUCCAUCCUGGCCCACAUGGGGAUCUACUUAACCCAUGAGGAACUGCAGGAGGCGCUGAAAUUAGUAACAGUGGAUGAGAAAUCUCAGACGACCUUUGGCCUGAUCUCUGAAACCAAUAUGACACUGAAAUCCCUGCCGAAGAAGAUGAUGUUGAAACCCCUGCCAAAAAAGACCAGCGGCAGGGAGUUAUCUGGCAUCCUCCUAGACAGGAAUAAGUGCAAAGCAGCAAAGAACCUGACCAAGGACCAGCUAGAAGCUUUCCACCAGGCCUACAGUUUCUUCAGUAAGGACGCAGAUGGCAAUAUUGACCUACAAGGCUUGGAGACGACUGCAGAGAAGCUGGGGAUUAGUUUAACCGCACAAGAGGCCUACGACGAGCUGUCAUAUGCUGAUACGGACGGAGAUGGGAAGGUGAACUUCUCUGAUUUUCUGACCAUUGUCAGCGACAACAAGCACUUCAUCCAGGCUAUAGCCCCCGAGAAAGGCUGCCUGGAGGACUUUGAUUCCAUCGACGCCACGGGAAUCCUGCUCUUUGAGGUCCUAUCAAAGCUGGUGGAAAUGUCGGCUCUGCCAAGGAAGGCCAUGCUUGAAAUAGUCAGUUACUACCGGCAGAAGUUCCUGCUGUCCACUGGCAGGAGGGUCUGGAUAGAUGCUGGUGGCUCAGUGGAGUAUGGGAAGGGGCUCCGCACGCUCAGAAAAUCCCCAGCUCCUCAGCGAGGCAGAAUCACUCCUAUGUCUGCCUUUGCAGGUGCUGCCCGCAUCUCAGUGAUGAAUGACAAAGAGUUGGAAGCCUAUGUGGAAACCCUCAAGGCAAGCAGUGUCCCCUCCGACAGUCCUUAUGCUCAGGUACCCAUCUUCCCAUUGCUUCCCAACCGGGAUGGAAUGUCAAUACCGAAGCCAAAAAAAGACUUACAGAAGCUGGAGAUGCAGAGAAGGAAAGAACCUAUAUCGUCCUUUGAAAACCAUUUUUUCCAUAAAAGAAACUGGCUGCGCGAGGCAACUGCAUUCAAACCUCCUGAUUACUUCAGAGACAAGAAAAACUCCCUUAGUCUCGGCCCUCACUUGAUGGAGAGGCGACACCGUUUGACUAUAGAAGACCUGCCUGAGAUACGACUAGAUGUGAAGAGGGUAACUGAAAUGUACAAGCAGGGGAUGGCACUGAAGGAGAGGAACAGGAUGCUGAAACUGUGGCGGAGGUUGCACGGUGGCCAGAUUGGGCUAGAGUCAGGGAACCACAGCUUCUACCACACUUUCUCCACCUACUCCUGGUCGUGGAACGCUCGCCAAGAGCUGGUGACACCCAACGAACUUCAGCAGUAUGAUAACAAACUGUACCGCAGAGAACAUUCCUCAGCCCGCUCCGAUGACAGCGAAGUCAAGAGUGGGAUAAGGAAAGGAAAAGAGAGGAAAUGAAAAGAGCCAUGCUGCUCCAUUUUCUUAACAUCACUGUUGACUAUUCUCCUCCUUCCCAUCCCAUUAUUUUUCCCUAUAAGUCUCAGGCUCUUACACAGGUCACACUGUCCGAGGGUAGGAAAGAACUGUUUCCUCUUUGC